CUUUGCGUGGUUCACGCUCCAUCUUUCUUCAGGACAGAAAAAAACGAGGACUCGCAUCACAGGCUCAGCUGACGCGGCGCUGGGAGAUCACGGGCACUGGAAGAGGAGGUGAGAAUGUAUCGUUUCCUUUGACUCAUCUUUGACAUUACUAACUAUAAUUGUAGGAAGUGACACACCGUGUCUCCUCUCGGCGGUAACGACGCUGCUUCUCAGCUCAAUGCGGUGCGUUGGACACACACACACACACGCGCGCGCCCGCGCACACGCGCACCCGCCGCUAUGGUCCCGCUCAUAGCGUGUCUGUUGAUAUAUUGAUAUUGUUUUUUGUUCUUUCGCUACUCUGCGUUGUCUCCAUUAAGGCCGAGGGCUCCUCGCGGCGCUUUAUAAGGGGCCCUUGGAGCCCGACAGGAACAGCCCGUUCCGGGGCGCUGCUCCCCCGUCAAAGGCGACAUUGUGUCCGGUCCGGAGGCUGCUGCGGACAGGACGGUGUGAUUUAAGCCCCCCACCCUCACCCCACGCCCCCCUCCCCCUCCCCCGUUGGUCGGGUCAGCAGAGCGGGCUGCGGGUUAGACACCAGCCGGCUGACGUGCACUACGACACAGAGGCUUGUUGACUUGUUGACGCGAUGCUGCGUAAAAGUCCACAAAUAUGUGAAAGGAAAGAAAAGACAAGAAAAGUUGUUGAAGCGUACUGAUCUAUCGCUUCAAACUAGACGGGUGGCGGAAGACGUCAGCUGCAUUGCUUCGUCACAAGAAACUCCUGCCCAAGUCCUCGGUGAAGGUGCCUUCAGCGAAACGGAAUAUCUUAAGUCAAAGUGUUUGAUGCAUUGUAUAAUUCUAAUCAUAUUACUGUUAUAGUUGAUUGAGGUGAGGAGCAUCAAAUGUCUCAUAUGAGUAUUUGAAGUUCUAUCAAUGCACCCUCAUUUAUCCUGAAAAGUGAUGCUGUUGUAUUGUAGUAAAAUGACUACAAUAAUGGUGAUUUUAGGCUACUGAACUACUAUUCUUUCCUGCUGUUAUUGGGAUAGAUUCCAUUUCCACAUCCCACCGCAGACCCCCUUUGAAUGUCUUCUGCCCUACGCCUGAUUUAAUAUACUUUCAUGGGGCAGCCGUUGCCUCCCUGGCAUGCAGAGAGGAAGAGGAGUGUAGCCUGCCGCCUCUGGAGAGGCUGAUGAUGAUUUUCCGAGUCAAUGGUCCCCUCUCAGCUCCAGCAAAGAAGAAAUAAUGCGAUGGCUCUUGCAGGAGAGCUACACAGACGAGUGUCGGAGUGAGAAAGUGACGCUCCUGCGGCUAAUAAACUGCACGGGAGAUAAAAGGGGGAAUUAGGAAACAUGAAUCACAGUUGAGAUAAGGCAAAGGCGGAAGAGCGGAAGGCCAUUUCUCUAUGAAGCUGGUGCUUUUUUGCAUUGCACUGUAAGCUUCACUGUCUUUCUCUACUCGGUGAGGCGUGUAAACUGUUUACGAUUGGCCCUCUUUCAAAGGCUGCUAAACAUCAAGGCCCUUCUUAUACUUCAGGGGUGCCGAUGCUGUAGCAUAAUCCAUAGGAAGCCCGGAUAUGGGUACAGCAGGAUACUUGUUCAAUGCAAAAGUUCUUACUCUGCGGUAUGCAGAGCCUUGGGCACGCACACAUUUGACGACUUCUUGUGAUUUUUCCUGCAGGCGGUGGGAGUUGAGUCAACGCUGAGGGGUGAGGCAGAAAUGCACUAAAAGAAAUUGAAGCCAAUAAACGGCUGCAGCUGGCAUGAAGCAGAGUUCCAGUUUUUCUACCUAUUUAUCGCCAUGGGAAGAGAUAGCUUAUGGACCUGGAUUCUGUUGCCAUGGUGACCCUGCACCAAAAGCUCUAUGACUCCAAUCUAUUGCACCGUUGAUCAAAUUAAAAGACCCAGAGAGCAACAGUCACUAUGGGAACGUCCAGGAUGUUCCGUAUUUUCGUGGUCCUGGGCUCGGCCUUCAUGAUUCUUCUCAUCAUCAUCUACUGGGACGACGUCGGAGCCUCCCAUCUGUAUUUGCACACCCCCGUCUCGCCGGGCCCCAAAAUCCCGCACCCUGCCCCUCCUCAUCCUCAGCGGCCCCAGACCUCGCGGACCCCGUCCUUCCUGUCCGACAUCGACGCUUUCGUUAACCAGUUCCUGGAGCCGGGAACUGGUGAGCCCACGGACCCCGCCCCCGCCGACACAGCCAACCAAUCGGAGAAAGCUGAGGAGCGGUACAUCCCGCGGCGGGAGUGGAAGAUCCACCUCACUCCACUGGCAGCCGAGCUCCGGGAGAGACAGGAGCAGCGGCGGAGGUUACUCCAGGAGAUGUGCGCCAACGACAGCGUGGUGUUCCCUGGAAAAAACCGCUCCUUCGACGACAUUCCCAACAGGGAGCUGGAUCACCUGAUUGUGGACGACAGGCACGGCGUCAUCUACUGCUACGUUCCCAAGGUGGCGUGCAGCAACUGGAAGCGCAUAAUGAUAGUUCUCAGUGAAAGCAUGCUGCGGGACGGCGUCCCACAGAGGGACCCGCUGGCCAUCCCCCGGGACCUGGUCCACAACAGCAGCAUGCACUUCACCUUCAACAAGUUCUGGAAACGAUACGGCAAGUUCGCCAGGCACCUGAUGAAGGUGAAGCUGAAGAAAUACACCAAGUUCAUUUUCGUGCGGGACCCCUUUGUGCGCCUCAUCUCCGCCUACCGGAACAAAUUCGUGCUGCGCAACGAGGACUUCUAUCGGCGCUUCGCCCAGGUCAUGCUGCGCCGCUACGCCAACCAACCGACGCCUCCCGCCUCAGUGGACGAGGCGUUCGGCGUGGGCAUCCACCCCACCUUCUCCAACUUCAUCCAGUACCUCCUGGACCCGCAGACGGAGAAGGAGAUGCCCUUUAACGAGCACUGGCGGCAGGUGUACCGCCUCUGCCACCCGUGCCAGAUUCAGUACGACUUCGUAGGCCACCUGGAGACGGCGGAGGAGGACGCCGAGCACCUGCUGCGCCAGCUGCGCGUGGACAACGUGGUGGAGUUCCCCACCUCCCACAGGAACCUCACGGCGAACACCUGGGAGUCCGACUGGUUCAGCUCGGUGUCGGCCGAGGCUCGGAGAGAACUCUACAAGCUGUACGAGCCCGACUUCAGGCUCUUUGGCUACGACAGACCGGACUCCAUCCUCAACGAGUGACUGGCCCACACACACACACAUACACGUUUUCCAUGAUAUAAUGCUCCCGUUGUUCUGGGGUUUGCAGAUGUAUCCUCCGGUCUUGUGUGUGUGUGUGUGUGUGUGUGUGUGUGUGUGUGUGUGUGUGUGUGUGUGUGUGUGUGUGUCCUACACUGAGCGUGCACGUCGUUGAGGAUGCUGGCUGUUUUUAAAGAAGCACACUAAUGAGGUGAAUCCCUGUUAACAGCCAUUUUCAUUUGUCGUAUGUCGUAUGUCGUUGUUCUCCCCUCAUAAAUCACACAGAUAACGAUAAGCACACUGUGGGACAGCCGACAUACGGAUUGUGCAAACGAUGGGUGUCCCUGAACGCGUCGUACGUUCAGUGUAGUCCUUAACCCAUAGCCCCCCCCCGCCCCUUCGCCGUUGAUGUCACGCCCGCCGUGACCCGCUGUGACGACCACGCCGGCUUUGUAGCAGGACGCCGAGGUGAUGUCACAGAGCCAUACCCCGCGUGUUUGUGAUGUCAUGGAAGCCAACACAUAUGCAAUGGACAGGGAGACGUGUGGCGACUAGUGAAAACAAGGUGUUACUAGAUUAGCUUUUAGAUUGUCAGUGGUAAUAAAAUGUAUUUCACAUUGUGAAAGUGCAAUGUCAAGGCGGAGGACAAAAGGGACUUUCAAGUGAUGUUUAAAAAUAUACUAAAGACGGAUAAUGACAUCGGACAUAGGAAGAGUGCUUUCAUACUUUAAUACACAGCUUAAGCCGAUGAUCAUGUUACACUAAAGCGUUUCAGAGUGGAGAGUCCAUUUGAUUACAUUUCAGAUAACAAGCUCCAUUUGACCAGAGUCAAAGCGUGAAGUCCUCUCCCCGAGUGGAAGCACAGCCCUUCCAGUGGACCUAAAGACCGCACAGCUGGCUUUGUCUCAGCUCGCCUCUCAGGCAGACGGCUGGAGGCUUUUUUUUUACAUUCUUUUCAUUUCAUCUGCACAAAGGUGAGCUUCUGUGCAUUCACACUGAUUUCCAAAGGGAUCAUCAUCUUUUAACGCUUGUUGUGUUGCCAUGGCGCUGCCAUCCUGAGCUUUUGAUCACACACAAGCUGCAGUUAUUAACGCUGACCUACAUCGGGUUACCCUGGAGACGGUAGCAGGGUGGUGUCACCGGCAGCGCUUCCAGAGGAUGUUGGAGCGAGGAGCUGUGCACAUAAUGAGAAGCCAACACAGGUUGUUUUCUUUUUUGUCUCUUUCUUGUAUUUGCAGUGAUGAUCCAUCACUCUAGAAGUGAGGUUUUUGCAAGGCAAGGCCAGGAUUAAUGAGGGUGGUCCGGAUCAAUCGUGGUUCCAGCGUGGAUUGGGCUGCAUCUUUUAUAAGAAAAGAGGGGGAAGAUGAGACCGUGCCUUUUGGUUGCAAAAGUUUACACAGCAAAAAAAAAGUAUUUUUGUAGAAGGACUUUUACUUUGUGAAUCUGUAUCAAGCCACAAGGUGUAUUUGAUCUACUGGGCCUGGCUCAUCUUGUGUAGGAAACAGCAGAGCCCUUUGUGGGGGUCUGUGCAAUCGAUGAUUCUGCGAGGCCUCUGUCUGCACUUGUGUCCAGUGGAUUGCUUUCUUUGUGUGUCCUUUAACACGGGUUCACUGUGCGGUUUGUACUGUAAGUGAUAUUUCUGUGAGUCACACCUUCUGCCUUCUGGUUUAUUCGUUUUGUAAAAGUACAGGGGGCAUUUUCGACCCGUGAAUGACUCGGUUGAGUGAGUUCUGGAUAGGAUGGUAUUUAUUCUGAAUCAAUUAGUGGUUUUCUUCAAGUUUCUGCCAUCGUCUUGUGGUGCGUUGUUUUUUUUUCCAUGUAGAUCUAAAUGUUCUCACAGAAAAGCGGGUAGAUGCUGGGAACAAAAAAAAAGGAGCAGAAAACAUACCUAGUCAUCCCACCCUCCCUCCUCACCAGUGUUUGCAUUGUCGGGUUUUUAUAUCUCUUUUGUAUUUUUGUUCUCUCUUUUUUAUUUUUCUUAUGCUCUUUUGCCGUGUUUUAUUGUUUAACCGGCUUGAGUUGAGAAGUUUUGCUCUUUUCGGUUAAAGUGCAAACAGCAACACCAGAAGAUGGAAUCAUAGUGUAAGGGAAAAGAAAACAGUUUAUUUAUUAGCAAAAUAAAAACCUGAAUACGUGCUGCUUUUGAAGUGGGUGUUAAUCGAUCUUUAUGAAGAUUGGUUUGACUGAUGGUGUUCAUUUUUUUGGGCAGUGACCUGCCGCUUCAACAGCACAGAUGCUAAAAGCUUAAACAGCUUAAAUGUCUGUUGAUCUCCCUAAAUAUCUUAAUUAUUCAUGUUUUGUUAAACAUUUAUUAAUAUUUCACAAGAGUUGUUGUUUGACAAACCUGUUCCCUCUCUCCAGGGGGUUGGGGGGGGGGGAUGCAAAGUGUUCAUUCAGACUCAUCAGUGUAAUGAUGUCACCCAGCAUCUGGUCUUUGUACAAGAGAAAUAAAGGUUUUGGGGCAUGAUGAA